AUGCCCGAAAAGCGCGACGGCGAUGGUCCCGAGGGGCAGGAGCUGGUUCCGACGAAGCGGCAACGGACGGAUCUGGUGGCGGUGUCACCUGGGGCAGAUGGCGACAAGGGGAAGCAAUUAACCGUCACUAAAGACGGAGUCAAGAGGACGUCGUCGCUGCUCGCUCCAAUCAUGCUGCUCACAGGCCAUGCGGCGGGGGUAUUCACCAUGAAGUUCAGUCCGGAUGGGGAGGUCAUUGCUUCGGGUUCACAAGACAAGGAGAUCUUCCUGUGGCGCAUAGAGGGCGAGUGCGACAACUACAUGGUGCUCAAGGGCCACAAGAACGUGAUUCUCGAGCUGCAGUGGACGUCAGACGGCCACAGCAUCGUGUCUGCCAGCCCCGACCAGACCGUGCGGGCUUGGGACGUGGAGACAGGGAAGCAGUGGACGUCGGAUGGCCACAGCAUCGUGUCUGCCAGCCCUGAUCAGACCGUGCGAGCGUGGGAUGUGGAGACGGGGAAACGGGUGAGAGCGGGAGUGGGCAUGUGGGGCCAUGUGGGAUUUGGAGACAGGCAAGCAGAUAAAGAGGAUGGCGGAGCAUUCAUCAAGAAGAUGGCAGAGCACUCCUCGUUUAUCAACAGUUGCUGCCUUUCUCUGCCUCUCCGUGACUCUCUCGUCUUCCUUCCCCCACCCCUCCCCCGCCUCCUGCAACAGAUCAAGAAGAUGGCGGAGCAUUCGUCGUUCGUCAACAGUUGCUGCCCGGCCCCCAGAGGCCCGCCGCUCAUCGUCAGUGGCAGCGACGACGGCACGGCCAAGCUUGGCAGCGACGACGGCAUGGCCAAGCUGUGGGACAUUCGCGUUCGCGGGUGCAUCCAGACGUUCCCCGACAAAUACCAGGUGGGUGAACCCUCGUAUGCUACUUUAGUGGUUGCUGCCUGCCACCCAGAGGCCCCCAGAAGCCCUCCGCUGAUAGUCAGCGGCAGCGAUGACGGCACGGCCAAACUGUGGGACAUGCGCGUGCGCGAAUGCAUACAGACUUUCCCUGACAAGUACCAGGUGGGUGAUCCCUCGUCCGCUGCUUUAGGGGCUGCUGCCCCGGCCCCUGACGACCCCCGCUCAUCGUCAGCGGUCACUGCCGUGGCAUUCUCUUACAACGGGGACAAAGUGUACUCGGGCGGAAUCGACAACCAAAUAAAGGUCUGGGACCUUCGAAAAUCAGGCGGCACAUCAACAGCAGCAGGGGCGGGGGGAGAGGGCGCAGCAGAGGGCGGAAGCGGAGAGACCGGGGGCGGGGGCGGCAAAGGAGCGGAGCCGGUGAUGAGGCUGCUGGGGCACACAGAUACGAUCACGGGCAUGAGGGUCAGCCCGGAUGGGGCGUAUCUGCUCACCAACGCCAUGGACUGCACCCUGCGCAUCUGGGACCUCCGGCCCUACGCCCCGCAGAUUGGAUACCUCAUUCCCACCUCCACCCCUUUGCGACGCAUCCACCAUUCUAACACCCCUGUGCUUCCCUCCUCCCCGUUCUCCACAUACGAACCCUCCCAUGCCGCGCCUUCCGCCUUCCGCCCCCACUCUGCUCCCCCCGCUCCUCUCCCUCCGCUCCUCUCCCUCCGCCCCUCUCCUUCCGCCCCCCUCCCUCCGCCUGUCGCCCUCCGCCCGUCGCCCUCCUCCCCCUUUCUCCCUCCACACCAACCCUCCCGCCCCUCUGCACAGUGGGCACCAGCACAGUGGGGAGGAGAUCCCUGA